ACGAAGGCCUCUUUGGUGGUGUUAGGAUAAUGUUGUCUAAUGAAUGAUGAUGUUAGACACAACUAUCAAGUGUAUCCUAUUUCACCAAGCAACUUGGCUCCCCUACUAUCCAAAGUGGGAUGAUUGAGUUUUGGAUGUCAUUGAUAAAGUUUUGAUAUGAGUGGAUGUAUAAUUUAAUGUUACUGAUAGAGGCACGAAAUGCCAAUCUUUUUGUCUAGGUGUGAAGUUCUCUUACUAUCCUAACUACUAAGUAAUUAAUACCCUCUCCAUCGGAAUUAGCUGUCACAUUGUCCCAAUCCCGCACGAGUCAUGAUCAAGGAUAUGACAUGAUUUUACAAAAGACUUGUCUACUUCCAGUCACUUAACUUAAGUAGUGACCCAUUAGGAAAUCCGACUGUGAGACCAUAAGCCAAUACAAUAUUUGGUAAAAUAACAAACUUUUUCCUGACAUCCAACAAAGUACUGAUUACCGUUAUACCAUGACUACUAAAUUCUGGAUGGAGAGAGGAGCUUCAAGUGCUUUGGUCGAGAGAAGCAAAGCAGCUAAUGCCCCUAACUAGUAUUCCUGGAGGCAUUUUUCAGAUUGUGGAAGCAGACUACCUUGAAUCUUGUCUCUGCCUCUGUAUCUAACCAACCCUUUAGUUUCUAGCCUCAUUGUCACAUGAGAUAGAUGUUUCAAUUCUUUUCUUUCUUCUCAUUUUGGUACAUCAAAAUUCAGUGUAAAAUAUAAACAUCUGCAGAAAAUAGCAAUCCCCUGUAGUUGGUCGAUCUCUUUACGGAAUUUAAAUGUCUUUCUGAUUCGAGAGGGUUAACUUUGAAAACUAGAAAAGCAUGAUAACUUCAAGGGUCUCCACCUCUUUCUUCGUUUCAAUUCAGGAUCUUUAGGUUUCAUCCCAUCACAGUUCACAGUGUGAUUGUUUUGCAGAUUUCAUGUUUUUCUCAUUAAGCUUUAGCCAGGCAAGGUCUAUAUUUAUCUGAAAUAAAAAGGUGCAUUGUCUGAAAAGUUUACAUUUCCUGCUUAAUGAAUUAGAAUGUGUUAUAGUCUGAUGUCUUUGUUCCCUGUAGUGGGUGGUUUCCGGAAAGGGUAUAUCUGUUGCACAAGCUAAAACCUUAAGACGUUUGUGAAUCUUGAAGUGUUGCCGUCUUGCAUGAGGUUUAAGUUGAUUGGUCUGUGUUGAGUAGUUUAUUGGUUACCUAUUCACUCAAUAUCUCAAUCUGGGUUAUACUUCGUACAUAUUUGUUGGAUGCUAUCUUACCUUUAGUAAUGGUACUUUAGUCCAUAUGUUCACUUUUCCAUGCAAGCUAAAUUGAUACUUUUCGCUAUCCACAGUAAAAUAAAAUGAAUGGUUAAGCCUUUUUGCAGUUUCAUAGCAGAAAGAAAAAAGUCAAAAACCAAAGGCAGCUUAAAAUAUUGCAUUGGACUGUUGCAUUCAACAUUGCCUAUCUCGCUCAUCUAUGCUCAUUUACCUUUGGUGUUUGGUUUUUGGAUGAAGAAAACACUGUCAUAAACUCGUAAUACUAAUCCUGAUUUGAACCAGGAAUUGAAGUAAUGUUAUGGUUCUAUGAUCAGAGAGAAUUGAAUCACUUUUACAAUUGAAGAUUGUCACUUCUACACGUUAGCUUGCUUUACAGGAUGCCAAUCAUGGAUAUGUUCUACAAUACUGCUGGCAGGCAGUUAUCAGAAAUGUUUUUAGCUAUCUGCUUCUUUCACACUUCUGAAUAUUUUCUAGCCGUCACUAUUCAUGGGAAAAAGAAUGUGACCCUCAAUUCUCUCUUGAUAAGCAAGCACUAUGUACUUGCCAUGCUUUUCUCGCUGCUGGAAUACUUGGUCGAAUAUUUAUUCUUUCCUGGGUUAAAGGAGUAUUCAUGGUUAAGCAAUUUGGGUCUCGCAUUGGUUUUGAUUGGCGAAAUUAUACGAAAAAUGGCGAUCCUGACAGCUGGAAGGGCCUUCACACAUCUCAUUAAAAUACACCAUGAAGAGCAUCAUAAUCUGGUAACCGAUGGUAUCUAUAGUUUUGUCCGGCAUCCUGGAUAUUGUGGCUUUCUUAUUUGGUCAGUGGGUACUCAGAUUAUUCUCAUCAACCCCAUAUCAACAGUUGCAUUUGCCUUAGUAGUUUGGCGUUUCUUUGCUGGACGGAUACCAUAUGAAGAGAAUUACUUGAGGCGCUUUUUUGGUAAUGAAUAUGGACGUUAUGCACAGAGGGUACCUUCAGGCAUACCGUUUGUGAAAUAGAAGUAAUCUACAAUGGUACUUGAUCGAAGACAAGACAAUCAUGCCUGUGCUAAUGUGCAGAAUGUUUGCAUUUUUAGCUGCAUGAAUACUUCAAUUAUGGUAACCAAGCUUUUGACUUGAUUCAAUUUUCCGCCUCUUCCUGUUUGAUUUGUUCGAAAGAAUCUUCUUCAAACACAAGCGGAAGGGUACAUUCAGCUAGAAUGUCACAUACAACAUUCUAACAUGGCACUAAUCACUAUUUUAAGACAGAUAGUGUGUAGUGAGUUAGUGACUCUAACUCUGUAAUUACUGAGUAUUGAGUAAGUUGAUUGUUUUCUCUUGCUUCGUUGAAGACGUUGAUAGAAGUACUACUCCGUAUCUCGAAGCUGAAAGUUAAUGACAACUGAAAAGAAGAAUGCAACUGUCACUGGUUAGUGUUGGUCUGUUCAUCUGUAGUUCCCUUAAUUGGGUGAUUGACAUUGUUGCAGUCUGCUUUUCCUACUGUACUUUCUAUUUGCUGAAACAGAACAGAGAGGGAUUUUGAUACUCUUACAGUACUUGUUAUAGAUUAUUUACAUUUAUUUAAUUUAAUUUUUUGCUGA